GAAAUCCCCAGCUAUGCUUUCUGGGUAAAGUGCGCCCCGUAUCCGCCCAUAUUCGCGUAAAGGAGGCCAACCUGAGCAGCUAGGCCGGACGCUGGAUCAAAUGGAAAGUUCAAUCGAUUAAUUUGUCCACUUUUCCCGCAUGUUCCCGCUUGCUUCUGAAACGAGGUAGACCGACUUAAAUGCGGGCGUUUCGGUGUGAAAUAGGAAAUGCAGAGAUCGUGUGAAACGAGAGGAUUAUCAGCUUGACUUGUUUGGUCGCUACUUCGGACGCGGAACUCCACUCGCUAAAAGGUGAAUCAUGACAGAAUAUAAGCUGGUAGUGGUGGGAGCAGGUGGCGUUGGCAAGAGCGCACUUACCAUUCAGCUCAUCCAGAAUCACUUUGUGGAUGAAUAUGACCCCACCAUUGAGGACUCCUACAGAAAGCAGGUAGUGAUUGAUGGAGAGACUUGUCUGCUGGACAUCCUGGACACUGCAGGUCAGGAGGAGUACAGCGCCAUGAGGGACCAGUACAUGAGGACAGGGGAGGGCUUCCUCUGUGUCUUUGCCAUCAACAACACCAAGUCCUUCGAGGACAUUCACCACUAUAGAGAACAGAUUAAGCGGGUGAAGGACUCUGAGGACGUCCCCAUGGUGUUGGUGGGGAACAAGUGUGACCUCCCGUCCCGGACAGUGGACACCAAGCAGGCUCAGGACUUAGCACGUAGCUACGGCAUUCCCUUUAUCGAGACCUCAGCCAAAACCAGACAGGGCGUUGAUGACGCCUUUUACACAUUAGUGCGAGAAAUCCGGAAGCAUAAGGAGAAGAUGAGCAAGGAGGGUAAAAAGAAGAAAAAGAAGUCCAAGACAAAGUGUACACUUAUGUGAAUAAUCACCCCUUUUCAAGAUAGACUAAAAAAGAGAAACUAUGUUGAACAGUUAAAGUAAUACAUUUUGUACAUUACACUAAAUUAUUAGCUCCUUCUCAAUACCCACCAAACUGAAUACUAAACCUGACCUGAUAUUUCUGCCUUUGUUAUUUGCUACUUUGACACCAAUAAGCUUUAUUUUGAGUUUAGUGCCAGUUGCCCACAUAUGUUGGUCCAACAGCCUGUUUGAUUUUAUAGGAUGAUGAUGUUGAUUUGGAUAAUUUUAUAUAACUGCAGAGCUAUGAGCUAAUUGCAUCACAGCUCAUGUUUGACAAAUUACUCAUUAAUAACUUAGGUAUUUUUUAUUUCCUUUGCUUAAAAGGUCAUGACCUGCAAAGGUUCUGUAAUGCCCUUUUUAAGUAUGGGAUGCCAAAGAAAGAAUUUCCAUCCCAAGUCCCGUAGACAAAACAGACAUGAAGAAAGGACCAACAUUCAGCCAGAUGAGAUCCAAAUGUCCCAGCCACUGUGUAAUAUCCCCAUCUCAAAUGACCUCUAGGUAUGACUUAGUUAUGUCACUGAUAUACGUAUGCAUGCAAACUCCUACUCUUCUCCGAAUGUUUUAAUACCCUAAUUAGCUAUUCAUUAAUUUGCAGUUUGUCAAUACUUUGUACUGUGUGGGGAGUGAUUUCUUGCCUACAUGAGAAGUUUUUUGGUUUUUUUUUUUUUUCUUUCUUUUUUUUUUUUUUUUUUUUUUUUUUUUUUUUUUUUUUGCAUGCGUUGUUUCCUACGUGACAUGGAUAUUGCAAACUGCCUCUGGUUGAUACAUUUAAUGGAGCCAGCAAUGAGGAACACUGACCCAAGUCUAGCUUUUCAGGUUUAUAAACAGUAAUCAAUAUUUGCUUUUGUGAGAAAUGACAGAUUCAAAAAUCCAUGAUGAUCUGAAUUUUUACCCAUUUUGUGAUAACGAAAUGGGACUAGGAGCCAGGUUUUACAUUGGUCAGAGUAAUUUUUUGUUGCAGGGAUUGAUGCCACGUCACAAGCUAAUGUUGAACCUUACUGGUUACAUAUUUCCUGCUUUUCUUUACUCACAUGCUUGACUGCAGGAUUGUUUUUAUUCAUCCUGACAAUAAUCAUUUUAUUCCAAAUUUGUUACACAAGGUUGUCAGUUAAAUUAAUUAACAAUUCAAGAGUUCUCCUUUCAAUAUUCUCCCAGUAGAGGACAUAUUUAAAUAGAAUGUUAGGUUUAAAUACUAAAUUUGAGGAUUUUUUAUUCUCCAGUAGCUGGUGUCACGCCUUGCACUUUUUCCUAAGCUGUUGACUCGUUCGCUUGUGACUGGCUAGAAAGCAGGAUGCAUCUUUUAAGCAGCUUUCAGGAAUAUUUCUCUUGGUGUGGUGUCACAGAGGUUAUUCACAAUGUUGUCCAAAUGGAUUUUCAGAUUCUUAUGUGGAGCUUUUGAAAGAGUUUUUGGAUUCAUUUCCUAAAGUGUUGAAAUUUUUUGGUGGGUUGCCUUCAACAGAAAUGAUUGUCCAGCAGAAUAACUUGUCAAUUUCUCUCACAAAGCUCGUGUAUCGUGGUGAUGUAACUGGAACUGAUGUUUGUAAAUGAGGCAAUAAUUGCCAUAAAAUUGGUUUUUAGAGAAAAUUGUCUCAAUUUAUUAAAAAAAAAAAAGUCCUAAUUUCUUUCCCGGGUCAACCCAUAUUUCACCUUUUCCAUUGUAUUCCAUAUUGCUGUUCCCUGGGGAAUUUUUAUUUGCCUUUUAUUGUUUGCAUUAGGUGCUACAUUUAGACGGUAGAAAGAGCCGAGACAUUUACUUUGUCCUGUGUGUGCUCAUGAAAUACACAAAAUGCUGUUUUAGGGGAGUGACGGUAAUGACACAGAAAAUCCAUACAUUAUACAUUUUGUUUUCAGGAUUAAUGAAUUUUGACCCAGUUUAUUAUUACCUCUUUUUUCAUGAAGUAGAUAAUAACUGUUAAUGCAAUUUUAAUUUAGCAACCCUCUUGUUAACAAUACUGUUUCAAAAGUAGUUUUACUGAAAUGUUUGAAAUGUUCCUCUUCCUUUAUUGCGUGCCAACAGCUGAUUUCUGAAAUGUAUCAUUUAUACCUGGAUCGUAUUUUAACAACCUUUGUAUAGUUGUGAUACUGAAAGGUGCAUAUUUUGUAAAUUGUGCUUCAUUUCGUUGGUGUGUCUAAAUGAAUGUUGCUUUAAUGGAGUUUCACUCCGCUCUGUGUAUGUGACUAGAGUGUGACUGGGUCCAGGUCUAGGGAAGUGAAUGAAUGACCACUUUACAACACACCUGGUGUGUAGAGUGGUGAUCUGAUCUCAAAUGAGUCUAUUUUUUGCCAUGAAUCUCACCACUCCUAUUUAAUGUGUAAUAAAGAACAAAGUAAA